AUGAAUACUGUAUCACUAAUAGUUUGGACGUUAGAGAGUAACUGUUUUAUAAUUUAUACAAUAAUGAUAGUGUUCUUCGUAGUAUUUACAAUGUUCCACAAGAAUAGAUUGGAAGUGCAUCAAAAUAGAAUUGGCGCCAAAAAGAAGUUCGCUAGGGACGGUGGGAAAGUAAUGGAGUAUCCUGAUGAUGAAGACGAUGAAGACUGCCUGGUACCGGCUAUUUCAGAAGACACUCCUCAUAUACCAUACAGACCUCUAGCAAGAUCGUCUGAGGAGGUUCUCCAAAGAUCCAGGGAUUACUACGACCUGAUGGCUCAACGAAGAACCGUCAGACGUUUCAGUACUGAGCCCAUACCUCAAGAAGUUUUGGACAAUAUUGUUAAAACAGCAGGAACUGCCCCCUCCGGUGCUCACACAGAACCUUGGACUUUCGUAGUAGUUCAGGACCCCAAUGUAAAAGCAGCGAUACGUGACAUAGUAGAAGAAGAAGAAGAAGAAAACUAUAACAGAAGAAUGUCCAGACAAUGGGUGACGGAUCUGAAACCUUUUGGCACGAACCAUCAAAAACCAUAUAUUUCUGAAGCUCCAGCUCUCAUUCUGGUUUUCCGGCAGACGUAUUCUUGGAGGUCAGAUGGAAAGAAAAAAAUGCACUAUUAUAAUGAGAUUAGUGUCGCAAUUGCCGCUGGAUUUCUUUUGGCUGCUAUCCAGUACUGCGGUCUCGUCGCCUUGACCUCUACCCCUUUAAAUUGUAACGCGCGUCUGAGGGACCUGCUCUCUAGGCCUUCCAACGAGAGGCUCGAACUGCUCCUACCGGUCGGCAGACCACACAAGGAGGUCACCGUCCCAGAUAUACGGAGGAAGAAUCUAGACCAAAUUAUGGUUCACGUAUAA